AUGUCAGAAGUCAAAAGUAUGUCUGAUGCACCAAAAGUUCGAGGAGCAAUUCCAAGGGAAAAAGAAAAAAAAGGGGAAAUUAAAUUCAUUACUGUGGCUAAUAGAGGAACAAGAGAACAAUUAGAAUUAUUAACAGCUAUGAAAAAUAUUGUUUCAAGACAUUUACCUAAUAUGGCAUUGGAUUAUAUUAGUAGAAUUGUUUAUGACACUGUGUAUCAUGAGUCAUUAUUGCUUAUUAAUUGUAAAGAUAAUAAGCCUUUUGGUGGAAUUUGUUUUAGACCAUUUCCAACUCAAGGAUUUGUUGAAAUAGUUUUUUGUGCUGUUGAUUCUACACAACAGGUACAAGGGUUUGGUUCAUAUCUCAUGCAACAUUUAAAGAAAGAAAUUCAAAGUCGAGGAAUUUAUCAUAUUUUAACUUAUGCUGAUAAUCAAGCUAUAGGUUAUUUUAUGAAACAAGGAUUUCAUAAACAUGUAACAUUAAAUAAAGAACGUUGGCAAGGUUACAUUAAAGAUUAUGUAGAAGCCACAUUAAUGGAAUGUGUCCUUCACAAGAAUGUAGAAGACUAUACUGACGUUCCUUCAACAAUCAAAAAACAGCGAGAUGCAUUACAAUCUCUAAUAGGACAAGUGUCUAAAUCUGAAGUACGUCCAGGACUAACAUGUUUUAAACAAGGGAUUCCUAAGAUAAAAAUUGAAGAAAUACCUGGAUUGAAAGAAACUGGUUGGAAACCUGAUGUUCAUUAA